CCCACCUCUCCGUUUGAACUCUCCUCUCUUCGUCAAACCGCUUCUCUUCCUUGUCUCUCGCUCCAUCCCCGUUCUCUUCGUCAAUUCUCAAGGCAGGAAGGGACCUGAGGCUGCCAUUCUUUUCAGUUUGGCCCUUCCGCCGCUGCUCGCUCGCUGCUCUACCUUCUUCGUCAAUAUACAAUUUUAAUUCAUCGCCUUCGUUGAUCAUCCAUCCGUUGUUUACCGCUGCUUUCUUGUAAAUCUCCCUUCUGCAUUCAAGUCUUCCUUCAUCAACAGCUUGUUCGAUUUAAGCGCUUAUAUUGCUGCGGAACUCGACCCCAUCCAUCUCCAACCAUGAAACCUUCAUCCGUUUCCUUGGUGGCGGCCGCCGCCAUGGGAGCUACAUCCGCCUACGCGGGUGUGGUGACAGCUAGAGGCUCCAAGACACCUGCCAUCACCAUCAAAGGCAACGCCUUCUUCCAAGGCGAUGAGCGAUUCUAUAUUCGUGGACUUGACUAUCAGCCGGGUGGUUCGUCAAAGGUUGAGGACCCAAUUGCUGAAACAGAAACCUGCAAGCGGGACAUCGAAUACUUCAAGGAAUUGGGUGUCAACACAAUCCGAAUCUAUACUGUCGAUAACUCCAAAAACCACGAUGAGUGCAUGAAGGCUCUCUCAGAUGCUGGGAUUUAUCUCGUUCUUGAUGUCAACACUCCCAAGUACUCGAUCAAUCGCAAAGAACCUAAGGCGUCCUACAACGACGUCUAUCUCCAGAAUGCCUUUGCAACUGUCGAAAUGUUUGCCAAAUAUGAUAACACUCUGGCAUUCUUCUCUGGAAAUGAAGUUAUCAACGAUGGCGAAACUUCGAACACCGCUCCUUACGUUAAGGCCGUGACUCGUGACAUUCGUCAAUUCAUUCGAGCCCGUGGAUUGAGAAAGGUUCCAGUUGGGUACUCUGCCGCCGAUAUCGAUACAAACCGUCUUGAAAUGGCACAAUAUAUGAACUGUGGCACUGAUGACGAGAGAAGCGAUUUCUUCGCUUUCAACGACUAUUCGUGGUGCUCUCCAUCGUCUUUCACCACUUCUGGAUGGGAUCAAAAGGUCGAGAAUUUCACUGGCUACGGUUUACCUCUUUUCCUCUCAGAAUACGGUUGCAACACCAACAAGCGGGACUGGGGUGAAGUCAAGGCCUUGUACUCUGAUAAAAUGACACCUGUGUACUCCGGAGGUCUCGUCUAUGAGUAUUCUCAGGAACCCAGCAACUAUGGCUUGGUCCAGCUUGGCAAAGGCAAACCAAAGGAACUCGACGACUUCAAAGCGUUGGCAAAGGCGUUCAAGGGCACGAAGAAUCCUUCAGGCGAUGGAGGUUACAACUCAACCGGCGGUGCCAACCCUUGUCCCAAGAAGAAUGCUCCCAACUGGGACGUUGACAGCGAGUCUCUUCCCGCUAUCCCCGAACCUGCGAAGAAGUUUAUGAAAGACGGCCCCGGCGAGGGACCAGGUCUCUCCGGCAAAGGCAGCCAGAAUGCGGGGACACAAUCUUCUGGAACUGCCACGCCUGGAUCUGGAAGCGUUGAUCCUACAUCCAGCGCGGGUGCUGCCGCAGGUUUACGGCCUGAGUUUGGUAUUGCUCCUAUGAUGUGCGCUAUGCUGGUCGUCUUGUCAAGCAUGUUUGGAGCUUCGUUUAUCUUUAUGGUUUAAUGCUUUAAACGUGUACCGGUCUAUCGUGUGGAUUCGGGUGGUCGUGGGCUCGUACAUGCAAUUCUGGCGCUCUUAAGUUUUCACUGAUUCUCUUUCUCAAAGCCAGCCCGGUUUGUUUUCUUCUGGAAAUGUAUUUUAAUUCAUAGGUGCCGUGCUGGAUUAAUCGAUCCUUGAAUCAGCCUCAAUUUGCAUCCUC